AUUGAAAAUAGUUUCAGAUUUUCCCAGAAUGGAAUCCGUUCUAGAAGUUCAGAAAAAUGUCAAGGAAAAUUCUGAGGAAAUUUCAGAUUUUCUCAAGGACCUGGACAGCUGGGCCACUGAUAUGGCGAAGAAGGAUAAAAAACUGAUUGAAGCAAAAUUAAACUCAUCAAUUAGUGAUAGUCCGAAUAAAGAGAAAAGAUCGGGACCAAAUACCUCCUCCCUCCCUUCUCAGAUCAUUUUAAAACAUAAACCGGAGAAGAACAAAACUUCAAAACAAAGGAAAGAGAAGAAAGCUAAGAAAGAAGUAAAACAGUCCCAACCUUCAAGUACAUCUGGUGCUCCUAGCGCUCCGACUGUUCCUAGCCCACCAAAAAAAGAAAAGAUACGCGCAUACGAAUAUGACAAGUGGGAUAAAUUUGAUGCUGAUCAAGAGUGUAGUGCACUUGACGCAGGUAAAAUGCAGUACACUUGACGCAGGCAAUAUAAG